GACGGACCCGAGUCCUCCCUAGAUAGACGCCUUCCUGUGAGCCCGGUGCCACCAUGAAGUUUCGCGCCAAGAUUGUGGACGCGGCCUGUCUGAAUCAUUUCACGCGAGUCAGUAACAUGAUAGCCAAGCUGGCCAAAAUCUGCACUCUCCGCAUAAGCCCGGAGAAGCUGAACUUCAUCCUCUGCGACAGGCUGGCAGGCGGUGGGGUGAGCACGUGGUGUGAGCUGGAGCAGGAGAACUUUUUCAGUGAAUUUCAAAUGGAAGGUAUCUCUGCAGAAAACAAUGUGAUUUAUUUAGAACUAACAUCAGAAAACUUAUCCCGAGCUUUGAAGACUGCUCAGAAUGCCAGAACCUUGAAAUUCAAGUUGACAAAUAAACACUUUCCCUGCCUCACAGUCUCUGUAGAGCUGCUGUCCAUGUCGAGCAGUAGUCGCAUUGUGACACAUGAUAUCCCCUUAAAUGUUAUCCCUCGAAAGCUGUGGAAGGACUUUCAGCAGCCCUCGGUCCCAGAAGCUGAGGUCAGUAUUUAUUUACCAGUCCUGAAGACUCUGAAGAGUGUUGUGGAGAAAAUGAAGAACAUCAGCAAUCACCUUACUGUUUUUGCAAUACUCAUUCUGCAGGUUAUUGAAGCAAACCUAAAUGGAGAACUGAACUUGAAAAUAGAAACUGACUUAGUGUGUGUUACAACUCAUUUUAAGGAUCUCGGAAAUCCUUCAUUAGCCUCUGAUGAUGCCUCACGGGACAGAGACCCAGCAGAGAUGGCCGAGGUGCAUGUGGACAUCAGGAAGCUCCUGCAGUUCCUCGUAGGGCAGCAGGUGAACCCCACGAGGGCCUUGUGCAACAUUGUGAGUGGCCGGGUGGUGCAUCUGGAUCUGCUCUACGAAGACGUCUCCCUGCAGUACUUCAUCCCCGCGCUGGCCUAGCGCUGCCCCCGGGGCUGCCGCCUCUGCACCUGCAGGAACGAAGUGACCUUGGAUGAACAGAUGCCCUCCUAGUCCACAUUUCUGGGCUGAUUUUUUUUCAUUUUGCUUUGUUUUUUGGUUUUGAGAUAUUGAGAAGGAAAGCUAGGAUGUGUCCAGACUCUAGCUUUUGUUUGGUUCUCUUUAGCAGCGAACAAAGC